AGGGAGGGUGGGGGGGCGCGGGGUUGGGCCCACAAGCCUUUUAGGAGCUGAUUGCCUUUGGCAACUCUGCCCGGCCAGUAGCAAUAGCUUCGGCGCCCAUCCAUCGAGGACACGCUGGGUACCAGAUGCGGAGCCCACGCUCUCCCUGGAAAUCCCACAAGUGAGACUGCUGCAGAUGUUAUGGGACUUGUCCAAGACCCCACAGCGAAUGACACCUCGCAGGAAACUCCGCCUCCGCAGCCCACGGCCCUGCCUCUCUGGCGCUCCCCGGCUCGGCCAGGGCGAGGGUCAGUGCCCUGCGCCUGGGGUCGGCGGACAAACAGCGGGCCGUCUAGCCACGCCCCCACUGAGAGCUGCGGAAAACUACACUUCCCAGGGUUCCCCGCGGCGACGUGGCGCUGCCGGGGGCAGAGGGCCCGGGCUGGGGGCGGGGCCGCCGGGGUCGCAGUCGGAAGACUCGGGAGGGUGUCCGCCUGACGCCGCGGGAGCGAAGGCCGGGCGGGAGGCCUUGGCCUUCCGGAGGGAGCGUCUUGGGAAUGUGAGGAGAGAGGAAAGAAAGGUGAGUUCAGCCAGCAGCCAAGCUGGCACCUCCCAUCUGUCUCUCUCUCCCCAGGCAUGAUAGAGUCUUGUCUGGGCUUGGCCAAGCGGGGGCUGGAGACCUGUGGGAGAGAAGAGGAUGGGAAGGAGGGGGAAAGUCCAUAGAACUUGCUUUUCCUAGAUGUCUCAGUGCACCCGGGUGGCCUCCUUCUUCCCCAUCCUAAAUAAUUCAGUCCACACCCCUGGAGAAAACUUGUGUUGGGACAUGAGGAAGAAUUUCCCAACUGGAAGGAAAGCAUAUAGGAUCUCCUGGGGUGGAGAUGUGGGGGGGGGGGCGGAAUUCUUACCCACCCAGCCCUCUCUUCCUAGAGAGCAGUGGAGGAUGGCGUGACCCCUGGAGAAAUCUGCCUCCCAAUGACAGACUAGAGCACAAAUCCUACCUUGGACACCUCCCCCGACCCCAUCAGACCCCAGGCAUUCCCUCCCCUCUCCCAAGGCUGCUCCACUCCCUGUGGCAGAAUUGGUAGGGCUAUGGGUGGGCUCGGCUGGGAUAGAGGUCUGCUUUUUUUUUUUGCUUUUUAGGGCUGCACUCACGGCACUUGAAAGUUCCUAGGCUAGGGGUCAAAUCAGAGCUCCAGCUGCCAGUCCC